UCAUCGUGACCAAGUUUCCUAUGUAGAUUCCAUCCUGUUGGACACUGAUUGGACCUUGCUCAUGCAAAACGGUGUGGGAUUAAUUCAUGCAAGAAACGGAAAUCAUUAUCUCAAAGGCACUUGAACAGUUCGUCGCAGAAAAAUCAUCACUACUGCCGCCACCACUCUUUUGUAGCAAACAUUAAAUUUGGUGAUCUCUCUCAAUUUGGAAUUCCUCGUCCAAAUAAGGGACCAUUCUAUCUGAAGGAAGCUGCUGGUAGGUCUCCAAUUCUUGAUGUUGGAACCAUUGCCAUGAUUAAAGACGGUGCAAUCAAGGUUAUCUCUUCUCAUAUAAUGAGAAUUGAGAACAACAAAGUGAUAUUUGGAAACAAGACGGAGAAGGAAUUUAAUGCAAUUGUGUUUGCCACUGGAUAUAAAAGCGUAGCUAACAAAUGGUUGAAGGAUAAUUACAAGAAUGUUCUAAACGAAGAUGGAAUGCCAAAGAAUGCAUUUUCAAUGCCUUUUACCUUGAAAACUAUUAUAUGCAGUCAUCUUGAAGGAAUUAAUAAUCUUCCCAUUUUGAUAUAAGGUGAAUAGCCUUUUAUCUUUACUACUUUAGAGUUUCCAGUCUCUCACUGAUUGUCUUGAAUUAGGUACCCAGGUAAAACCCGGAAGGAAGUUGCGAAUGCAUGUCCAUUCUGUUCAGGAAAUUGCAAUUGCAAAGCCUGCUUGAGGGAGGUUCCAGUG